GAUCACCGCUCUCUACUCCAUAGUGUGCGUGGUGGGGCUGGUUGGAAACGUGCUGGUCAUGUAUAUCAUUGUCAGAUACACCAAAAUGAAGACCGCCACUAACAUCUACAUCUUCAACCUCGCCCUGGCUGACACCUUAGUCACCAGCACGUUACCAUUCCAGAGCGUCAACUACUUGAUGGGAACCUGGCCGUUUGGGGACGUGCUGUGCAAGAUGGUGAUGUCCAUCGACUACUACAACAUGUUCACCUCUAUCUUCACGCUCACCACCAUGAGCAUCGACCGCUAUGUCGCUGUGUGCCACCCGGUCAAAGCUCUGGACUUCAGGACGCCGCGCAAUGCCAAGAUUGUCAACGUCUGCAACUGGAUUCUCUCUUCUGCCAUUGGGCUGCCCGUCAUGUUCAUGGCCUCCACCACUGUCACCCCCACCAGCAUUGUUGACUGCAAGAUGAUUUUCCCCCACCCCCCCUGGUACUGGGACACCCUGCUGAAGAUCUGCGUGUUCAUAUUUGCGUUCAUCAUGCCCGUUCUCAUCAUCACCGUCUGCUACGGCCUCAUGAUCCUGCGGCUUAAGAGCGUGCGCAUGCUGUCGGGCUCCCAGGAGAAAGACAGGAACCUACGUCGGAUCACCCGCAUGGUCCUGGUGGUGGUUGCCGUCUUUAUCGUGUGCUGGACUCCCAUCCACAUCUUUGUCAUCAUCACAGCUCUGAUCAACAUCCCCAGCUCCACGCUGCAGACUAUCACUUGGCACUUCUGUAUCGCCCUGGGUUACACCAACAGUAGUCUGAAUCCAGUUCUUUAUGGCUACCUGGAUGAGAACUUCAAGCGUUGUUUCCGUGAGUUCUGCACACCGAGUCCCUCGGUGCUGGAGAUGCAGAAUUCAUCCCGUGCCGGAGCCACUGGCCGCAAGCCCCCACAACGCGACCACAUCAGUGCACACACAGGAGAAAGAUCCAAUCAACAGGUAUGACUAGCCUUGGAGGGGUCGUCGAUGGACUCUCGCUGUUGUGGCGGCAUUGCCAACGACGAUCUCAACUCAGAGGUCACGCA